AGCCAAUCCGCUUCCCACUCUCUCUUUCAUUUCUUCCCUGGACGCCAAAACACGCUUUCGAUCCUUUCUCAUGGAGGAGCCUCCUCCCGACUCAGUUCGUCGCGACUGAAAGUAAUCCGUCCAUCGCCAUCGCCAUCGCCAUCGCCAUCGCCAUAGCUGCACCUCUUUCGACUCUGUAGACAAAAAAGAACAGAAGAUUUAUCUCUUCUUCGUCUUCUAUACCAAUUAAUACUCAAGAGGGACGAACAAGGAGGGAUGCGAAUUUCUCGGCGGAGGAUCUGGACCGUCGAUCACGUAUGUUUCGACGUCUCAGAUUCUUCAUCGGCCUGAAUGCGAGGAGCGGAUCCGCCAAGAGGCUGCUUCAUGCGAGGACCCCACGGCGGUUACAACACCGGCAGGUGGAGCCGACAGCUACGAUGUUGGAGACCGUACAAGAGAUCGCAGUCUACAUCCAUCGGUUCCACAAUCUCGAUCUCUUCCAGCAAGGAUGGUACCAAAUAAAAAUCAGUAUGCGAUGGGAAGACAGUAGCAAUGGCUUAUCACAUGGGACUCCUGCAAGAGUUGUUCAAUACGAAGCUCCAGAUUUAGGAUCUGAUGAUAUCAUGGGGGUUUGGAGGAUCGAUGAUGUGGACCACAGUUUCUCUACGCAGCCUUUCAGGAUCAAAUAUGCAAGGCAGGAUGUUCUUCUGUCUGUGAUGAUCUCAUUUAAUCUUGCUUUACAACAGCAUGAGGGCCCAUCAACAUCUGCAGUGAUAUUGAAAUUUGAGCUUUUGUAUGCUCCAAUUUUAGAGAAUGGGUCUGAACUGCAGGAAUCUCUUGAUGCAUUUCCUGCUUCAGUCCAUGAAUUCCGGGUUCCUCCUAAAGCUCUUUUGGGUCUGCAUUCAUACUGCCCUGUCUAUUUUGAUACUUUCCAUGCCGUGCUUGUGGAUCUUAGCGUACACAUUGUCCUUCUGAAAGCUGGUACUUACACGCCUUCACAGAAGGUAUUCAGUGAUUCUUGCACAGAAGAAGAUGUUUCUAGUGAGAAUUAUGAAGCGAGCGAUCAUAUAUUUGGUCAGGGGUCUUACAGGGGUUCAAAAGCAAUGACACUGAUUAAAGCAUUGUCAACUGCCCGAGACAUACUUCUUGAAGAACUGCAAAAGCUUAGCAAAGCCAUUGAUCAAACAAUAGAUGAUUUGACUGAUGUCAAAUCUACAUUUGGGGGUGAUAAAUUGAUUGAUUCUUAUUUGCGGUCUGAUAUGGGUAAUACGGAUGAUGAAGGUUCAGAAACAAGAAUAGGAGGCCGACAGUUGACAAGCGAGUCACAAAGUGGCUUGGAGGAGGAGAAAUUAAACAGAAUGGUUGAUUUUGGAAGUGAUGGUAUCCUCCAGGUUCUAUCUAAGGAAGCUCUGUUGGAUGCGUUCCAUUCAUUGGGCAACCAACUUUUAUUUAUCUGGAAUGCAUUCUUGAAGUUCCACAGGUUGGCUUUAUUCUGUAUCAAUUCCCUACUCUUCAAUUUCUAUCCUUCUCUCCGGCAGAAAAGGACUAACAGAGCCAGGAUUCUAGAAUUUCUUCGUGAUGUAUGGGCCAAUGAUCGCAAGGCCGAGUGGUCAAUAUGGAUGGUGCACUCUAGGAUUGAGGUUCCACACCGCUAUCUGAGAAGCGCAGUUGAUGAGGCUUCUCACCAUAGUGUCCUUGGAAGAGUCUCGCUUCCAAGGAAGUCCAGUGAUGAUCCAACACAAACUGCUGUCACACGCGCUGAGCUUCAUCGACGUAGUAUUGGACAGAUGAAGAUUAACAAUCGAUCAAUUCAAGACAUGCAAAUUUUUGCGGAUCCUUCUCGUAUUCCAGUUAUUCUUGUAGAACAACAUGUCAUGAAUGCUCCACUGCGUACUACUAGCCACAAUUCAUCCAUAGGUCCUUUGGAUCAGAAAGAUAUGUCAACUACACCUACUGGACCUGAGGGGAAGGUCGUACCUAAGCUCUUGGGUGCUGGCCCACAAAAAAGUGGUCGUGUCUUGAGAGCUGUUAUCUUUGUGCAUGGAUUUCAGGGACAUCAUCUGGAUUUACGGCUUGUUCGGAAUCAAUGGCUUUUGAUAGAUCCUGGAGCAGAAUGUCUCAUGUCUGAGGCAAAUGAAGACAAGACAUCUGGAGACUUCCGAGAAAUGGGUGGAAGGUUGGCCGAAGAGGUGACUUCUUUCCUUAAAAAGAAAAUGGACAAAGCCUCAAGAUCUGGAGGCUAUAGAAACAUCAAGCUUAGCUUUGUCGGGCAUUCCAUAGGAAAUGUCAUCAUAAGAAGUGCCUUAACGGAGAGCGUGAUGGUGCCUUAUGUAAAAUACCUUUAUACCUACAUGUCCGUAUCUGGGCCACAUUUGGGGUACCUGUACAGCUCCAACUCUUUGUUCAACUCUGGGUUGUGGCUUCUGAAGAAGCUUAAGGGAACCCAGUGCAUUCACCAACUCACUUUCACCGAUGAUCCAGAUCUCCAGAACACGUUCUUUUACAAGCUUUGCAAGCAGAAGACACUAGAGUACUUCAACAACAUCAUCUUGAUUUCCUCACCACAGGAUGGCUAUGUGCCAUACCAUUCAGCCAGAAUUGAGUUGUGCCCAGCAGCAGCCCUUGACUACUCAAAGAAGGGACAGCUAUUCAUGGAAAUGCUAAACAACUGCCUGGACCAGAUCCGUGCCUUGUCAUCAGAGAAACGCACAUUCAUGCGCUGCGAUGUCAACUUUGAUACUUCCUCUCAGGGCAGGAGCUUGAACACAAUCAUUGGCCGGGCCGCACAUAUCGAGUUCCUAGAAGCAGACAUAUUCGCAAAGUUCAUAAUGUGGUCUUUUACAGAAUUCUUCUGUUGACUCGCUGUCAAGACCUUAACCCCUGUACUUUAUUUAAACUGUUAAUCCUGCCUUGCUUUGACCUCCUCUCUCCUCUCUACUCAUCACCAUACCAAGUGUAAGUGAGCGACUCGUGGUAACAUCAUCUGAUGCAUGGUUCUACUUCGAGUUUGAAGCUGACUUUCCUUAGAGUUUGUUGCUUGUGGUAGGAGAGGCAUUGUAAAAUAUAGGAACAAUUAGCUAGUUUUAUUACCACAAGAAAUUUUUUUUUUUUUUUUUUUUUUUCUCCUGUUUUGUUGUGGGUUUUGUUAGAAAUGUAAUUUUAAGCCUGUGUAGGUAGUCAGACUUCACUUAGUGUGAUUCAGCCAUUGUUAUGUUUAUUAGGUUUGUGUUGGUGGCACAUUCAAAUGGGUGAGGUGACCCGUCAAAGAGCUUGAUUGGAACUCUAGGGAGGGGAAGCCAUGUAUUUGUUAGGCUUCUAUAGCAUCUUAGAACAACGAAGCUCUUAACUCAUUUUCUGGAAUAAAAUUGGCGUCUCUUUUUCCAUUA